CAAACAUUUAUUGAUCGACUAUUAUGUGAAAAGUUCUGGUUUGUUUUCAACUAAAUAUUUUUAAUUAGAGUAAAUGCAGGGUUAGCAGAAAGGAACUAGGUAGCCCAUAUUUCUCUUUUGGGUAUAAGUUAUUUUUUUCAGUGACAAAAUCCCUGGCAACAGCUUUAUCGUUGUUUGGCCGCCUUGUUCCCCCAAAGGCUCUGGGGUGGGUCUUUUAGGUCAAGACCUUGUGUCUCUAGAAGACUCCAAGUGAAAUACAAAUAUUUUUGUCGCUUGGGAAAGCUAACACAAUUAAAGACUUUUCAGAGCUUAAGCCCUUCCAAAGUAUUUGCGAGAUCGUGAAGUCCAGUUGUUCUUUCGGAGAGAGCUCAACUCUGUACGAUCUAAUGAGGCCCCAUCUAACAGUUAUGGGGUUUACGGUUCACUGAGGUUCCUCAAGGGUUGAGUCGGGAGCAAAGCUGAGGUUGCACUGCAGGAGACAUGCGCAGUGUGCUGGAGGCACGAGGACAGAAUCGCUUGGGGGCAGAAAGAGGACAGCCAGACCGCAUCACACCGCCAUAGGGCCAUUUUCCAGUAUCUAACCAAUAUGAUUUAGACCAACGUGAUUUAGACCAAUGGUCUGCUAAGUUUUUCUGAAAAGGGAUAGAUAAAUGCUUUAGGCUCCAGGGCCCUUAUUAUCUUUGUCACCACUACUCAACCCUGCCUUGUAAACCCAAAGCAGGUCCCCCCAGCUACGUACAGCCAUGGAGAAGACAAAGGAACCGGCAUGGAGGUGUUCCAAAAACACUAUUUGCAAAACCAGGCUGGGGCCCAGCUCGGCCUUCAGGUGGUAGUAUGCCAGCCCCUAAAGAUUCCCUGGCUCCUGGUAAAUCCACUCUCGGUGCCUCUAAAUCUGCGUUCAAGUAAGAGACGGUUCCUCCUCCUCUUGGGUACCAGGAUCUACCGAACGAAACCAAGUCCCUAGCAGCCUUCGCGUGGGAGCGAUCCAGCCGAGCGACUACACAGUUUUAAGAAAAGUUUUGAAGUGGUCUCUUUCCUUUCUUCUCUUUCAGUCCUCCGAGUCCUUGCUUUCCACCGCAGGGACGCGGAAGGAGUUGCGGUGUGCUUGGGUGAGCUGCGUGGGCUCCGGGGAAGAGCCCGCGGGCACUCCGGGGAAGGCGAGGGCGCACAAAAGUUGGAGCCCAAUCAGCACCGAGUCCAGCUCGCGAGUCCCAACCUUCAGGUGACCCCGCGCGGCGGCGGCAGCAGCGGCGGCGGAGGAGGAGGCAGCGGCGGCGGCGGCGGCGGCGGCGCGGCGACUAAAGCCCGCAGCGGCUCGGAGCGCCUCCGGGAGGAGAGGAGGCGAGCUCGGCGAAUCGUCACUGCCAAGCCGAGCGCCGAGCUCAGCGGUCCGGGGCUGGGCGCGAGAGGGCGAGAGCCGGCACGCGCCUUCUCCCUUCGCCCCCGGCACACCGCGAGAGGCUGGGCCGGGGCGUCCCGGGUGCGGGCCCGCGCCGCGCGCCGUCGUCGCCCCUCCCCGCCGCGUUUGAACACUGGAGGUGUGCGUGGCCGCGGCGGCGGCGGGAGCGGCGAGUCGGGCCGGCCGGGCUGCGCUUCGCCGGGGCGGCGGCGGUCGUGCGUGGGGCUCAGGAUGCGGCCGGGGGGCGCGCUGCUCGCCCUGCUCGCCAGCCUGCUGCUGCUGCUGCUGCUGCGCCUGCUCUGGUGCUCCACCAACGCGCCCGCUCGCUCCAGGCUCUCGGUGGAGGAGAGCAGGGACGCCACCCGCGGUACCCCCGCCGCGCUCAGGACGCUCCGGAGCCCGGCGACCCAGCUACCGCGCCCCACGAACAGCACAUAUCUGAGUGAGAAGUCCCUCCAGCUGACAGAAACAUGCAAAAGACUACAAGACGGCUUUCAGACGUUAUCUAGCAAACUAAAAAGGUAUUUAGAGAGUGACUAUCUUCAGAUUAUCAGAAAUAUACAGAACUGUCCAUGGAAACGACGAGAAGAAGAAUAUGAGAAUUUUAGAGCAAAACUUGCUUCCUGUUGUGAUGCUGCUCAAAACUUCAUUGUUUCUCAGAACAACACUCCAGCUGGGACCAACAUGAGCUAUGAGGUGGAAAGCAAAAACGAAAUCCUAAUUAGAGAGAAUAUUUUUAAUAUGUUUCCAGUGUCUCAGCCCUUCAUGGAGUACCCCUACAAUCAGUGCGCAGUGGUUGGAAACGGGGGAAUUCUGAAUAAGUCUCUUUGUGGAGCUGAAAUAGACAAAUCCGACUUUGUUUUUAGGUGUAACCUUCCCCCAAUUACAGGAAAUGUGAGUAAAGAUGUUGGCAGUAAAACCAAUGUUGUGACUGUAAAUCCCAGUAUCAUAAAACUAAAAUAUGGGAACUUAAAGAAAAAGAAAGAAAUAUUUCUGGAGGACAUUGCGACCUAUGGAGAUGCGUUCCUUCUUCUUCCAGCGUUUUCUUUCAGGGCCAACACGAUUGCCUCUUUCAAAGUGUACGACACCCUAAAGGAGUCUCAAGCAAGACAGAAGGUUAUAUUUUUCCAUCCCAAAUACCUCAGAAAUCUUGCCCUUUUCUGGAGAACUGAAGGUGUGACGGAGUUUCGCCUAUCCUCUGGCUUGAUGAUCACAAGUGUGGCAGUUGAACUGUGUGAGCACGUGAAGCUGUAUGGAUUUUGGCCCUUUUCUAGAACGAUUAAAGACACACCUGUCAGCCAUCACUACUAUGACAACAACUUACCCAAACGUGGUUUCCAUGAGAUGCCUAAAGAAUAUAGACAAAUUCUCCAACUUCACUUGAAAGGAAUCCUCAAAUUACAAUUUAGCAAAUGUGAAAGAGCCUAAGCAUAGUGUCUUAAAAUGGGAAAGUUUUAAUAGAAUGCUGUAGGUGAGUAAUGGUGUUUCCCAACACUAAAAGCAGUGGGUGUAGGGCAUAAUAGGAAAAGCCCUGAAAUGUGGUAUGAUCAAAGUUCCCCACUGAGCUUGCAACAUCAGCAGCUCAUGCAGUUGUCCCGAUCUUCAGUUUCCCUCCCUGUGAAAUGGGGACCAUGAUAUCUAACUCUAUCUAACAGUCCAUGAAAUCUCCUAGUACAGGAUUUGGCGUGAGGUAGGGACUCCAUGAAUAUUUCCUUGUUGCUCUCUACAGUUGCCAUUUCUACUCUCAGCAGACUGAUAAUAAAAGGCAUGCUGUUUUGAAGACCCUUCCUGGAAAGAACUGCUGAAUUGCCAGUUUUCACUGGGUUCUUCCUCAAGCAGGCCUCUCUAUUAUCAAUAAUAUCCUUCUCAUCCUUCUUCCUGUCCAAAAGAGGAUGUCUAAGAAAUUAUAGCAAACCCUUGAUGAUUCAGGAAUGAAAUCCUCCUCUUUGGAUGGUAAUGUACCUGCUUCUGAUCACCUUCACUAGGGUCAUUAGCUGUAAUGAUGUGUCUGGCUGGAUUUAGGCCAAUUGUUUUCCUCCUUUAUUUACAUUUUUAAAGUGCUCUUUUUGAUUUAUAUUAAAUUCCUGCCUUACUAUUAAGCUUUUUCUGCUCCCACUAACAGGAUCUAUUUUUAAGAGCAUGAAGAGUUACAAUACCCAGUUUUUCUUACCUGGUGUUUGUGGGGUCACACAUUCAAUUUAUUUGUAAAAAAUUAUCCAACAGCUACUUCAUGCCAGACCCUGUAGCAGGCUGUGUGAGAGGGACCUAAAGAUGACCAAAUCCUGCAGGAGGAAAUGAACAUGCAUAUGACCAACAGUGAUACGGUAUGAUAGAUGUUGUUAUGACAGCUAUGGAGAAGGUACUAUGGGGUCAUUCAGUUAUUCAGGAGUCAUUCAGUCUAUUUCAGUGGAAUCUGUUUCAGAGAAGAGAUAAUUGUCAAAUAAAAAUUAGAAAGUGAGUAAGGUUUUAACAAAUGAAGAAGAUUCUAAGUAGAGGGAAUAUGAUAGGGGAAAAAGCAGUCCCCUUGAUUCUGAUUCACCAAAAUGAGGAUAUUUGAAGGUAAAUCAUGGUCUUUGCCCCAAGAACUGUCACUUGAAGAGAAGUUACACCACGAGUGGAUAGUGGCUUGGGCCCACCUCUGAAACAGUAGUUGUAGUGACCUGAUAGGUCUCACAGGAAAGCAGUAAGGAUUAAAAUACACCAAAACUUAAUUCUCAUAAAGAAAGGUAUAUAUUUACAUGAUAAAUAGGACAAAUAAUUUAAAUACCAAUAUCAAAUAAAGCUUAAGUGGUAUUGAAUAUUAUAAGUUUCACACCACUCCCUUCAUUAUGAUGAUACUUGUUAACAUAGAUCAUCUAUUCAUCUACAAAGUUCUUUGGUUUAACUAAGUAACUACAUUUUUACUUUGCCGACUUGUCUUUGUACCAUCAUGAGGAGGGCAGAAACCGGGGUGGAGCCAACUUGUCAGCAUGCUGAAUUAAUUAAAAAUAAAAUUCUUAAUUCUUACCUUA